AUGGAGCAGCGCGUCGUACUGAUAACAGGCUGCGGCGAGCCGACGUCGAUCGGCGCCGCGCUCGCGCUCGAGCUGAAAGCUCACGGGCUGAGGGUGUUCGCGACCGCGCGCAACGUGGGCAGCAUGGCGGGUCUAGCGGCGGAGGGCAUCGACACGCUCGAGCUCGACGUGACCUCGCCUGCGUCGAUACGCGUCGCCGUGACGACGCUCGAAGACGCCACGGGCCGCCUCGACGUCCUGGUCAACAACGCGGGCGUGAUGGGCCGCUCGCCGCUCCUCGAUACCGACCUGGCCGCACUGCGCGCCAUGCUCGAGGUCAACACGCUCGCGCCGCUCGCGAUGGUGCAGGCGUGUGCGGGGCUGCUUGUCGCCGGCGCGCUGAGGAGCGGGCGGGAUAGCGUCGUGGCGAACAUCAGCUCGAUCGGGGCUAUCGGGCUGCCGUUCAUGGGCGCGUAUGGCGUGUCCAAGGCCGCCGAGACAGCCCUCUCCGACACGCUCCGCCGCGAGAUCGCCAACCUGCGCAUCCGCGUCGUGACCGUCUCCCUCGGCUCGGUGCAGACGCAGAUGGCAGUAGGCGACAAGAGCGUCCCGCUGCUCAGCGGCAAGCCGUCGGGCUUCUUUCCGAACUGGGAGCAGCUGGACGCGGCGGCCAAACACACGAUGGUGAAGAAUGCCGCGAGCGGGCCAUUACCUCGCACCGUGGCGCGGCGCCUCGCGGCCGAGCUGGUUGCCAAGCCCCGCGGGCACAUAUGGGACGGGUUCCCGGCGUGGGUGUUCCGCUUCGUCGUGCCCCUCCUGCCUGUCGCGCUGCUCGACUGGAUCCUGCGGACGAGUACCAGCGCGGGGCUGGUGCUUGCGCCAUCGGCGGGUGACACGCCAAAGACCGAAUGA